GGUUGACUUUAAAUUGAAUAGGUUAGGGCAUAGAUAAAUGACAAAAAGGUGAAUUCGUCCUCCCGAUAUGGUGUUAGAAGAUGCUGACUGUCAGAUGACUCCUGGCCAGGCACUCGGCUUCUAGAAUAGAAGCCUAACGUAAUCCACAAACCAGGGGGGCGCCUCCCUCGCCAUCAGCGCGUUUGAAUUAAUUGAGGCUAUUCAAACCAUCGCUAUGCCACCAAAAUCGCGUCAAAUCGCUCAAAAUUGGAUAAUGCAAUUGGAAGAAUUUUAUUGGCUAUUUCUCUGCAUUAAAGAAAUAGAACCCCGCAGUAUUCGUGAAACAGCAUUUGUUUUCAAUGUCUCCCAUACAACACUCCAAUAGCGAUUACAGGGACAUAAUUUUCGGGGUGACCUACGCGCAAAUUACUAUAAACUAACUCGAAACGAAGAAUCAUCGCUUGUACAAUGGAUCCUAUCCCUAGAUCAACAUGGUGCAGCUCCCUAACCAUCCCAUAUUCAGAAAAUGGCUGAUAUUCUACCCUUAAAAUCCGGGAAUACCAUCCUAAGACUAUGUACAUUAAUUGGGCUAUAAACCUUACAGGAUAAUAUAAUAAACUUAAGACG